CAUCAAUGCAUUGCUGCGUGCGUACGUUAUUGAGUUUCCAUGGUCUUUCGUGGGAGUAGAAUAUCGGUGAACACAUGAAUUUAUAACAUCGACGAAAUAUUAAGGUCAUUGAACGAUCUAAUGGAUCAGGCUGACGGAAGUACUUCAGAAGACGGAAGUGGUGAAAUAAACAACGAAACAGACACAUCACCUGAAACAGCAGUUUCAGAGGGAAUCACGGACCAGACUUGUAAUGGACAGUCAGAUGCCCACGUUCCCGAUGAAAACAAUCAACCGGACAGCCUUGUCAGAGCAAGCUGCAACCAACCAAGACAGACCGGAUAUGACGUGGAGUCCGCGUCAUCUGUUGCGCCUCACGGCACUGAUGACGUAGGUACUUUAGAAUCACAACCUGAACACGUUUUAUUAAAUGGAUCAAGUAAUCUGGUAGCUGACGUGGAAAAUGGAGCGGGCAUUUUGGGGUCGGAACACUAUGUUACUGGGGAGACAGCAGGCGAGGUGGGCCCAGUGGAGGAACGAGUGUCAUACAUUCUGAACUCUACUUCCGGUCCGGUAGAUGGAACAGUUGAUGUAAGAUCAGUUAUAGCAUCAGUUGCACAGCGUAACUUAUAUAGCGAAGACUCGGCCGUGAAUUUGUCUGAAAAUAAUAACAAAGAUGGGCAGUGCUUUAUUCCAGAUGAGAAAUUUUCAGAGAAUCAGAAUUUAAGUCCUGCACAGGCAGCAAGUGUAGCCGAUAGUGCGGAAUAUGUGACCCAAGACGUUUGUAGCAGUGAUCUGUUAACUCCGGAAGUUGGAAGUACUCAACAAACAUCAUCGGAAGUUGGAGGUACUCUGCAAACGCCAGCGGAAGUCGAAAGUGCCCAACAGACGCCAGCGGAAGUCGAAAGUGCCCAUCAGACGCCAGCGGAAGUCGAAAAUGCCCAACAGACGCCAGCAGAAGUCGGAGGUACUCAACAGACGUCAGCGGAAGUCGAAAGAACCCAACAGACGCCAGCGGAAGCCGGAGGAACUCAACAGGCGCCAGCGGAAGUCGGAGGUAUUCAACAGACGUCAGCGGAUGUCGACAGUGAAGGAAUAAUAAAUUUUCGAAAAGUAGUUCAAGAGUUCCUAGAUGGAAUUAAAGAUCAGGUUCCUACUGAAGAGCCACCAGAUACAACCGAGUCCUUGGCUGCAUUCGUACAGGAAAAUAUCGCCUCUAAAAACAUUAGAACGAUAAAGUAUACACUGAAGGAUUUAACUGAAGCCGAUCGCAAAGCCGUUGUGGAGUAUGAAAUAGAUGGGAAAACGGCUUUUUUCGUUGCGUGUGAGAAAGGAACGGAUGAAACGGUGAAGUAUUUUGUGGCGGAAUGUGGUGCCGAUAUCAACAAGAAGGGAAGGUUUGACUGUGGGGGAAAGGAUAUGUUGGUCGCGCCUCUAUGGCUUGCAACAAUUGAGGAGAAACCUGAAGUCGUGAAGAUUCUUGCUAGUCAUGGCGCCGAUGUGAACGCUGUUUGCACUACUGGUUCGACAGCAGUUCACGCAGCCUGCUAUAUGAAUAACACGGAACUUGUAGAAGCAUUAUGCAAUAGCGGAAGUGACGUCAACAUUCCGGAUACGCUGGGAAGUACGUGUUUAAAAGAUUCUGUAGAUAACUUAGAGAUAUGUAAGAUUCUAAUUGCCCAUGGAGCAGACGUAAACUACAAAAAAGAAAACCAGUAUUCAAUACUUCAUCAUGCUAUAAAAGCUCACAAUAUGGAGACAGUGGAACUUCUUGUCCGUAACGGCGCUGAUAUUAUGACUACGGAUUUUGAAGGGAAACGAUUGUUUGAGAUAUGCUAUUCUAGUUUACUCCCCCGAUAUCGUGGAGUUUUUAAUGGAUAGUAUCAACGCAAACGCGCCAAAGUCGGCCGACAUUUACGACCUGAUGGGAGCUAUGGCGGUCGGCAGGGGCGAGUAUAAGGAAGGAUACGAGUACUGGUUACGAUCAAUGUAUAUCCGGACUGAGCUACGAGGUGGUGAGACAUCUCUUCGGGAAAUUCCGGAAAUAUUCGGAAAAGAUGUAGAAGUUCCUAAUUCCAUUUCAGAUCUUAUCUUAUUGGCCAAGAACUGUGAUUCAAUGGACGCUCUUGCUCUAGCUAUUACGUCACAUCAGCUAGGACCGACCCACUGGGACACAAUACAGAGAAUUCUUCUGCAGUCAACGUCACUUUUGCAUAACGACAAUCUCAUUCAAGCGUUUGACAUGACACGAUACGUAUAUUCUUUGCUGACGAAUAAGUACAAAAUUCUUCACAGAAUGCAAGAGUUUGCGUUGUCUCAACUAUUUGAAAUCUGCUCGAAAUUCCAGAUACAAACUCUUCGUGGUGUAUCUAUACCAAGAUUCAAAGAAAUCUUGGACGUUUUCAAAGAUAUGGUGGACUUUUUGGAGAAUGCCCAUCUGCUAAAAUGUUCAGACACGGAAUACUUCAUACAAAAUUCCAAUAUCUUUGACAAGGUCAUAGACCACGUGUUCGAUAUGAUGUAUCUGCUGAAGGUCAACAAUAAAUCUUCGGAGGAGAAACACUUCUUCAGAUCACAGCUGAAACGACUGGUAGAGAUGGAGUUAUGUGAUAUCAAUGGGGUAUCCCUCUUACACAAGUCACUAACCAGGAAACCAAAAAUCGUGUUCCAUUUCAUGGAGACGGGUCCACGGGAGGCGCGUCACGAGGAUCUCUGCGUCACCCGGGAACUUAUUCAAGCAGGCGCAAACGUCAACGUCCAGGAUUUGAAAAGGGAUACUCCUCUCCAUAGUCAUCUCAAAUGGAUAGAAAAGUACAAUUUCUUCACAAAGAAAAUUAUUGAAUUGUUUCUAGAUUACGGAGCCCAUGUUGAUUUGGUUGAUAUCGACAAUACUUCACUCUUCGCCAUGAUUAACGCUCGCGGAUUGACGAUUUGUCCAGUCAAAUAUCACACUCUUCAGUGUUUAGCGGUCAAGGUCAUUCGUAAUCAAAGAAUCCACUUCCGGUCGCUGUUGCCGAUUCCUCUACAACGUUUUGUCGACAUGCACAAAUAGAAAAAAAAAUGUUUCCGUCCAUGAAAGGAAAACUAUACCAAAAUAUUUGUAUAGAAAUUCAUGACCUAACGAUUGUUUUUAUUUUAACCCAACAAUUUAAUUUUGUUUGUGUAUAAAAAGCGUAAUUUUUGAUAUUUUGAUGGUAUAGGUCCUACAGAAAAAAGUAUAUACCAUGUGUUAAAGCAACGAACAGUUUUUGUUAAGUUUUAAAACUUGAUUCGAGGGGAUAAAAAACGCAAGUAUUUUGUAUCAAAGAAUCGCCAAAAUUGUGAGUAAGACCGGAGCGCCCUGUAGCGUUACGCUUUCGCUGACUAUUAUUGAAUAUUAAUUGCUGAUUGCGAUUUUGUUUGUGAAAUAAAACUGUAAAAUACACAUCUGAGACCGAGAUGUGUCUUUGUAAAAGAUCUUCACAAUGUUGUUAAUUUUCACAAUGUUGAAACAUGUUCUUUGAGACCUCCGACAACAUCAUGUCAAUUUGAUAUACUUGUACUAACAGUCGUUAAACUUACGUUUUUCUUAUUCUCAUUCUCCGGUAGGAAAUACCACACGGUAAAAUCAUACUUUUAAGAUUUAAGGUAAACUGUUCUGAUCCUUUCGAUUGACCAUUUCUUUGAAAUAACAGAUGUGAACUAAAUUAUAAAAAGUUAUUUCCCCUGUGCCAGUGUAGGAUCUCAAAAUCUCUCAAUUUGUUGGAUGUCUAGAUGACAGUGCGAGUUUGUGAAAAUUCCUGGCAAAAUUCAAGCUGAAAAUGAUAUUGUUAUCUUUGAAGAUUGUAUCAACUUUAACCAAUUAUAAUCAACUCCUUUUUGGUCCCAUAAAUAUGUAUAUUUUAACCGACAUAUCGGUCUAUGAUUCUCAAUUCAAUAUUUCUUUGGAUUGAUAAGCAGCUUAUCAUUGAUCCAACAAUGGCGGAGUAAGGUGUCAAAAUAGUUAAACCCAUUUUCGGUCUCAACAAAUAGGUGUGGUCAAUGGGAAACGUUACUUGAUGAAGAAGUUUAUUAGUUGACCUCUUUAAAAGCGAAAUGUUGAAAGAAAUCCUCUUAUCUUCUGAAAAGGAUAUCUUAUCGUUUUGUGCAGUUAUUUUCGAAAAACAUGAGGACGACUUUCAUAUUUCCCAAAUGACUACAUUUUGGUAUAAUUAUACAAUUAUAUAGCGACACCAAUGUAAUUAAUGGAGUAAUUUUACGCAAUGUUGAUACUAAUUCGACAUUGACAUUAACGUUUCUAUUGCCUUUGUUAUGCAUUUGCACAAAAUAAAGCAUGAAAAAUUGGAAA